AUGUCUUCUACCUCAGAUCGCACCGUGGUCCUCAUUACGGGCGCCAACCAAGGCAUAGGCUAUGAAGUCGCCAAGGGCCUUCUAGCCCACGAGAACUACCACAUCCUCCUCGGGUCUCGCGAUGCUGCACGCGGUGCCAAGGCUGCCGAGGAGCUCGACCCAACCGGCAAGAUCGUGGAACCUAUCACCAUCGACGUGACCGACGACGCAUCCAUCCAGCAGGCAGUCGAGCAGGUUGAAUCCAAACAUGGCCGACUGGACGUGCUAGUCAACAAUGCAGGCAUCAACAACGAAGUUGAGAUGUACUCCCGACAAAUCCAGAAUGAGAAGGAAGGCAUACAGGAGAAGCCUGAUCUAGCACAGCUGCGCCAGCUCUAUCGCGACGCUUAUGAAGUUAAUGUCUCCGGCGCGGCUAUCACUACCGAAGCAUUUGCUCCUCUGCUCGAGAAGUCAGCUGCGACACCUGCCCGUAUUGUCUUUGUGUCUUCGCACACGGGAUCACUGGGUCUUCGAAUCGACAAGUUGUCUAACUGGUACCCAAGGCUCUCCAAUCCCAGCUUCCCCAUCUAUCGCAGCAGCAAGGCCGCGCUAAACAUGUUGACCCUGCACUAUGCGGCCAAAUUCCAGGCGAAGGGGUGGAAAGUUAAUGGGUCAUGUCCGAACCUGACAGCCACCAACUUCAGCCGCGGCAAGGGACGGCCUGCGUCGGAGUCUGCGGUUAACAUUGUACGAUUGGCGACUAUGGGCGUUGAUGGCGAGUCGGGGGAGUAUACAGACGAGAAUGGCGUUGUCCCGUGGUAG